GGAGGCCUAUUUCCCCUUUCCAAAGAAAUAGGUGGGGCACUUCAAGAAAGCAUAACCACAUUCAGAGCGAAGCACAUGUUGUGUUUCUGUGUCAUUCAACCCAACACACUCCAAGUAGUGCACUGUGGAGCGGAUUCCACUGUGAACCAAGAUCCCAAUGAACAGCAGAAUGUUGUUACACAUUUCGUCCUUUGGAUUCAGGCUCUACCUGGGGCUCUUCCUUCUAAACAGCAUUUCUGUGGUCACACAUGGCACAGCGCUAAAUCUUCGCUGCACCAACGACUUCGAUCUGCUGAUGUUCUGUCAGUUCCUUCCUCCGUCCAACGCGACAAACUGUAGCGAAUAUUACCUCAACACCAAGGUGGAGGGGUCCCAGAGUUACACGUAGGUCCCGAACCUUUGAUGCGAGGCAUGAUCAUCACCUUAUGAAAUGCUUCCCAACGUAGUAGGCCUACUAUGAGCGUGAUUGCAAUUUAACACGUGACUCCGAUCCGACAUGGACAUGCAGUUGUUCGAUGAACAUGGAGGGUAUGUUUCUUUCGUCAGACAUUCACAACACAACGCUGUGGAAAGCUGGGGAUCUAGUGGAGUCCAAAAACAUUAGCGUGUUCAAAAACAGAAAACCCAAAGCCCCUAAAGUCACUUCAGUGAGAAGAGAAAAUGGGGAUUAUCGGGUUGAGUGGGACACAAACUAUAAAGAACCCAUCUUCGGAAUGACGGCCGUGGUGACCUACCGCAGACCAGGAGAGGAAGGCACGGAAGUCAACGUUUCGUCUGGGAGACUGUAUUGCAUUUUGGAGUUCCUGCAGCCGAGCACGUAUUACGUGGUCAACGUGAGGAGUGUCUUGUCGUUCGACAGUGAAAGUAGUGAUGACUUCCCAUUCCACACCCCCGUUUCUUCUGACACUAUUUUGGUGGUGAUCAUCCUCAGCCUGAGUGUUGCUGCUGUGAUCAUCACCAGUUUCCUGCUACAUCUCAUCACACGGUUAAAAACGAAGUUGUGGUAUAACGUUGGCAAAUACAAGAACUCCACCCUUCUAGAUAUGGUACCAGUAGAGCACAAGGUACUAAUGCCUCAGAAUCCUGCCCUGUGCUCUGUCUAUGUUGACUCCCCUAAAGAGGUCAAAGAUGACACAAUCACAUGCAGCCCCUGGGUAUACUCCCAUCAAAGCUCUAGAGCUGACUGCGUGUCCUCCUCUCUGGGGAACUCUCAGAAGGUCUCUGCGGACAUCGUCUCCAGCAUGGAGGACGCCAUGCGUAAGGCCCUCCCCGAGGUCUCCCUGCCUUCCACCACGGCUCCCUGGCUCUUCAUGGGCCACAGCAACCCGGGCUACAAUCGAGUCCCUGGGACCCCAACCCUGGGCUUCUUUGAAAUCUUAAACUAUUCCAUGGCUCCUCCUUUUAGGACCCAGGGGUUGAACGGUGCCCUGCCUGCAGUGCUUAGGGAGUCCUUGCUCAAUCCCAGCAUGUUGAGGGAUGCAUCGUACGACCCCAGUCCAGAUUUCCAGGUGCCUAUUUUCCAGCUGACUAGACAGAGGCAGCCUUUAGUAAGUAGACAGGAUUCAUCCUACAUGAAAAGAGAUCAUUCGAUGAGCUCAUUCCCAACAGAUGGUCUGCAGGUAGACCUUGAGUACAGCCCUUCUCGAAGCGUGGCCACUUCUACCUCCAUCUUGUGUGGCGUUGGCUCCUCCGUGUCUAGUGUUUGUUCAACAGGAGCACUUCGGCGCGAGACCUUGAACGCGUCGCACCUAGGCCGAGCAGCUAGCCUGAUGGAACAUGUUUACGGCCAAGAGGAACCGUCUGUGAAAGUCUGUGGUUCAAAUCUGUGUGAAGAGCCUCGCCCUGCCCCUGCUUGCAGCCUGGUUCCCGGGGACGAUGACUAACAAGCCUUCCAAAGUGUAGUGAGGGGACAUGGGGAGCUCAUUCCAGAGGCGAGCGAAGGUAGGCCCAGUAAUUGGCCUGACAAACUUUCUGAGACUUUCUUCACUGCAAUGCCAAGCAUGGUGAAUCCCUUAGCCACCUCUAACCAAGGAGCCAAGGGUUUUCUAGAAUCUCAAGCCAACAAGGUUUCUGUUCUGCUGGCGGAUGAGCACAAGCUAGUCAUUAUUGGUGAUUAUCAUAGUGUUUGAUGGUCUGGAAACAAUGACUUCGGGGAAAUCUUGUACUACAGUCAUGUCGAGUCUCCUCGCGAGUCAUGAUGGGUAAUGGCGUGCCACGAAGGUCUGUGUAUCAUGCAUGUUAAUAUUUCAUUAGCAGACUGGAGACCUUUGUCACGCCUUAGCUGAUCUAUGAAUUUUAUCCUUUGACCCACGCGAGAAGCUCGACCCUGCCUUGAUUCCGAGAGGACAAGGUGAUGAGCAGCAAUGUCACUGUGAAUAGCACAAUGUCCUGAAGUACAAAGCUUAAACCAAUUGGAAGCUACAUUUAGGUUUUAGGUUAACAUUGCUAAAUGGAAAGCUAGGGUAUUCUGUUACUGAUAUUAAGGUCAUCUUUUACAGAUGGUUACGUUAAGGUAUUAGGUUGGAGAUGGUUUAGUUUAGGUAUUAUAUUUUAUUUUGGAAAGUGCAAAACUUAAACUCUAACGCUGAACGUUCUCUAACUUUGUAUCAGACACUGUCAUGCAUGUGUCAUUCACAUAUUUUGUUAUUAAAGUCAUGAAGAAAACUGCA